CUAAGAUUUGAAUCGUCUGGAACAAAGCGCCGCCUUGUCAACAUGGCGCUGCAUCAUGCAUGGCCACCUGCUCAGGCUGCUGUCAGUGCUGACCUGAGCAUAGCAAGCGGCAGCUUGGCCUCAUGUCCAAGGGUGAGGAAGAGAGCUGAAUUUAUGAGUCAAUUGAGCGGUACAAGCCUGUUGGAAUCCAAGCCAUGUCGGAGCGUGAGAAGCGAAAAGCUAAGUGGCGAGCGCAGUCGCUUGCGAACGCAGAACAAAUGCAGCUGGAGCAGUCCCUUCAGAAGAUUCUGCGCAUGGAGCAGAGGACUGCAGAGCAGCUGGCCCUGCUAGUUCAGCACAAGGACUUAGCAGCACAGAUUACGGACUCAAUGGAGGCCAGCAGACAGCGCAAACGCAUGAAAGCAGAGCGUGAGAAAGAGGUCGAAGACCCCCCUGAGGUCCUUGAGGCAAAGCUCCGCCAGCUUGCUGACAUCAUCAAAAGCAGCGACCGGGUCGUUUUUCACACCGGGGCUGGGCUGAGCACGGCUGCGGGCAUCCCUGACUUUCGCGGCCCCCAGGGAGUGUGGACGCUGCAAAAGAAGGGACAGAUGGCAGGAAUGAACAUGCGCUACGAGGAAGCGCGGCCGACGCAAGCGCAUAUUAUUAUUGCCGAGAUGGUGCGAAGGCAGCUGAUCAGUCACGUGGUGACCCAGAACGUUGACGGCUUGCUGCUGCGUGCGGGUGUUCCCGCUGACCGCCUUUCCGAGCUGCACGGGUGCGUUUACACCGAGCGCUGCCCCUCCUGCGGCCGAAGCUACCAGCGGGGAUAUGACGUCACUGCGGCCAACGGCACCGCCUUCCGUCGGCACUCCACCGGGCGGACGUGCGAUGGGCUGGCGCAGCUGGGGGGAGCCACGUCAGCAGAGCAGGUAAGCGCAGCGUCGGAGGGCUUAAGGGCUUCGGAAAACGAAAGAAGAGGUGGUUCUUACGUUCGAACUGGGGGGGAAAAGGAAGAGGAAGCAAGGGGCAAGGAAGGAGACAAUCGACGUGCCCGGUUGAGAGAAGACUCGGAGGGGCCGGCACAGGGGGUGGGGCAACGCUGUGAGGACGGCUUCGCAAGUCGACUUGAAACGAACAUUGACACGGGGUCCGAGCCGCCGGUUGCAGAAACGGCGGCUGACUGCUCUGUAGAGUCGAAGGCAUCGGAAGCAACCGGGGCCGGAGGUUCCGACGGCCACGAGCGGAACUUCGAACUUCGAGAGCGAGGGUGCAAAUCCGAACCGGGAGAAAGUACACCCUGGGCUUGUUGUCCAGGAGAGCCCGGUGUUGAGGAGAACAAAAGUGACCAAGGGAAGGAAGACGGUGCAACGGUGCAGCGGUGCGGGGCCCAGUUGCGGGACACUAUCGUGCACUUUGGCGAGCGUUUGGACGAGAACACGCUGCGGACGGCCAGGGAAGCGUCUGAUGGCGCGGACGUAGCGGUUGUACUGGGGACCAGCCUCAAGGUCCCGCCAGCCUCAACUCUGCCUGGGCUCGCAAAGACGGUGAUCAUUAUCAACUUGCAGUGGACCGCGAAGGAUAAGAAAGCCGCACUGAAGAUCAAUGGCCGCUGCGAGGACGUUAUGGGGAGGCUCGCUCAACUGCUGAAUAUAGCAGUGCCCGAAUAUGACAUUCGAAAAGAUCCAAAUUUAUGUAGAGGUCUCUGUAGCAGUCAAAUUAGGCCAGCCGUUCCACCCGGAGCUCUGGGAAACACUCAAGGUAAGGUUGAGGAAGGAGCGGUGGCGAAGGGGGCCGCGCUGAAAAAACGACGUGUUCGACAAACGGAAUCGAGAGGGAGGGCGGCAUUCCCCCGGCCUGUCCUUUAGCAGGGUGGACGACUCUUUGAACGUUGACAUUUGAUAAGCAUGUGCUCCUGGUGAAAGGACGGACGAUUGCACGGCCCCCAGCAACUUCUCAGUUCAUUGGUACAUCCUGAAAGAGAUGCUGUGCAUGCA